AUGACAUAUGGUCGCACCCACUGCUUGCCUACCACCAAUGUUGCCGCUGAGACCUUACGGGCAUACCUCCUGUCCCACCCUGCCCGUUGUCGUCCUCGGCUUUACUCUACUCAACCCACGCAACGCACUGAGGACAACCCAUCAUGCGAGAACCGGGGAGCCUUAGAGCAAGACAAGAGGAGCUCUUUUAGCGAGAGGGCUAGACAGCGUCUGGCAAACAGAGAGUUCUUCACAAAUCUGUUAAGUUCCGCUGUUACAAAAAGAGAUGCAAAGGCAUAUAUCUCCCGCCUGAAGAACCCGGCUAAGCCGAACGGAGAGCAGACGCCAGCCGCACGGGAUUCCAUUCCUCAGAUAGAAGCGGGAGAACUGUUGGGUCGUACCCGAGCAUCAGAAGCAAGCCCAGUCUUCACCCAACAUGCGAACGAGCAUGAGCAGGAGCAAGCAAUCGACGAGCAAGAACUUCUACACGUUGCACUAAUCAAGGUCAGCAAUGUCUCUACCAUGGCCGACGACCUGAUAAUGGGGAUCGCUCAGACCCUAUCUUCUCUCUCCCGAUUGAGCAUGGCACCUUGCGUUGUCUUAGAGGAGCCUCUACAGAACGAUCCACAGGCGAGCCGCCAGCAACUGACCCUGGCCGCAAACAGACUCGCUAGUGCAAUUGACUCCUUACACGAGUCUGGAGCCAGAGUCCUGGACAACGUGCUGAGUUUUGGUCCGGAUGGUCGUCCUCAAGUCUUUCUUCGAAAACUGUUGACUCGUCCGUUGAGACGACGCCGGAUACCCAUCAUAUUGCCUAUUGCUUACUCAGCCGAGCUAUCACGGGCUGUCUCAAUCAGCGCUGAUGAAGCAGCCCUAGCAUUGACGAGGGAGCUCGCAGGCGUCCCGGUAAAAACCCAGGUGGGUGAGCAACACGGAUAUAGGAACAUUUCUUUGGACAGAAUCAUCGUCGUGGACGAGAUUGGUCCAAUUCCGAGCACAAAGGCUCUUGACAAACGACACGUCUUCGUCAACUUGGAGCAAGAAUACUCGGCCUUGCAGGAGGAGCUACGAAGUUCAACAGACGAUGCUGUGUCACAGAAACAUGCCUCGAACCUGAAAUUGUUCAAAGAGGCGCUGAGGCUGCUCCCAGCUUCGUCCUCGGCACUGCUGACAACCCCACUCGAAGCUGCAAAUUCAGCAAGGUUGGCUGACGAUGGAGUCUCCAGUGUUGGCACGCGAAGACAAAAGAAUCCUCUAAUCCACAAUCUCUUAACCGACAAGCCGGCAUAUUCUUCCUCUCUUCCGGCAGGCAGGUUGGGACAAGACGCGUCGGCAAUCCCUUUGAUCACGUCGACCUUCGUGAAGCGAGGCAUGCCGGUGACUAUGUUACCCAACCCAGAAGCGCAGACCUGGACGGCGACGUCCAAGCCUCGAUUGCAAUUGACUGAUCCGAGGAUUGACCUGGACCGACUCACGUACCUCAUCGACGACUCUUUCAACAGGAAACUCGACGUCGAGGCCUAUCUAAAACGGGUCAAUGACCGUAUCGCUGGUGUCAUAAUCGCAGGAGAAUAUGAAGGCGGCGCAAUCCUGACCUGGGAAACGCCUCCCGGGUGCUCGGACAGCGACACCGACCGACUCGUUCCGUACCUCGACAAAUUCGCCGUCCUGAAGAAAGCUCAGGGAGCGGGCGGCGUGGCGGACAUUCUGUUCAACGCAAUGGUGCGAGGGUGUUUUCCCAACGGUGUCUGCUGGCGGAGUCGGAAAGACAACCCUGUAAACAAAUGGUAUUUUGAGCGAUCGAGAGGGACUUGGAAGAUCCCAGGCACGAACUGGACCAUGUUCUGGACCACCCCUGGCAUUCUGGUCAGCGAGGGGAACAAAAGUCAAACCUUUCUUGAUUAUGAAGGGGUCUGUCGAACGGUGAAGCCCACUUGGGCAGACGGGAAAAAGAUUGCCGAUUAG